UUUUUUUUUUUUUUUUUUUUUUCAGCGUGUAUUUUUAUUACCUUAUUUUGUUUUUGACAUCUUCAGAUUCGCGAUCUGGGAAGUGACUACAUGGCAGUCAGAAGGGGACAUAUUAGAUACUUGAAAGAAGUUUAUGACAUGUCUAACGGUUACGAAGACCACAUGGCAGAUGAACCAAAAGAUGCCAAAACAAACCUGAUUGUAAAUUACCUGCCUCAGAACAUGACGCAGGACGAGCUUCGCAGUCUCUUCAGCAGCAUUGGGGAGGUCGAGUCGGCUAAACUCAUCCGCGAUAAAGUGGCAGGGCACAGUUUAGGGUACGGAUUUGUUAACUAUGUUAACCCUAGUGAUGCAGAAAGGGCAAUCAGUACUCUCAAUGGGCUGAGACUACAGUCUAAAACUAUCAAGGUAUCCUAUGCUAGGCCGAGUUCUGAUUCCAUAAAGGAUGCAAACCUUUAUAUUAGUGGAUUGCCAAAGUCCAUGACCCAGAAAGAUGUGGAGGACCUGUUUUCACGUUAUGGCCGCAUUAUUAACUCCCGUGUGCUUGUUGAUCAGGCUUCAGGCUUGUCUCGGGGUGUUGCGUUCAUCCGCUUUGACAAGAGGGCAGAGGCAGACGACGCCAUAAAGGGCUUAAAUGGUCAGAAGCCACCAGGCGCCUCAGAACCAAUCACGGUCAAAUAUGCUGCCAACCCCAACCAGGCAAAAAACUCCCAGCUGCUGUCUCAGCUGUACCACUCACAGUCUCGGCGUUUUGGGGGUCCUGUCCAUCACCAAGCACAAAGGUUCAGGUUCUCUCCAAUGGGUGUAGACCACAUGAGUGGAAUGGCUGGAGUCAGUGUACCAGGUAACUCCACAUCCGGCUGGUGCAUUUUCAUCUACAACCUGGGGCAAGAUGCAGAUGAAGGCAUCCUGUGGCAGAUGUUCGGCCCCUUUGGGGCAGUUACCAAUGUGAAGGUCAUACGUGACUUUAAUACUAACAAAUGUAAAGGGUUUGGGUUUGUCACCAUGACUAACUAUGAGGAGGCAGCAAUGGCAAUUGCCAGCCUAAAUGGUUAUCGCCUUGGGGACAAAAUCUUGCAGGUGUCAUUUAAAACGAGCAAGUCUCACAAAUAGUGAGAGAAUUUGUAAGCUCCCCCCCCCCACAAACCAUAAGGAAUAAGUUGAAAGGCAAAGCAGAAACUAGCUUAAAAUUUGUACUACUCCAGUUUGUCCUAAUGGCAAGUGUAGAGAGGUGUGAUUAAAAACAAUAUAUAUAAAUAUAUACACAUAUUUUUGGGAUGCAAAAAAUAUUGAGCUGUUUUGAGAAGUCUCAAGAUUAACUGACCACUUCUUAAAAUUCAUUGGUCUGUGAUGCUAGACUUGGUCAUGUCAUUGUGUGCCAUAUGAGUGGUUUGAUAAAAGCAGGCCAUGUCUUUGAUUCUGGUUUUCUUUCAUGCUCAUCAGGUACUCCGCCUAAUUUACAUACACAAUUAAAAUAAAGAUGCCUUAAGUUACACACAACUUUUUACCAGUAUUUGUACCACUUUCAGUUUAAAUACUGAAUUUGUUCAGUACAACAUUGUUUAUCAAGCAUCUCAUUAAAAUGAUAAAUUUUCUCUGAAAUAAAAUAUUUAAAGGUGGCAUGUUGGGCACUAAUGUCAGUAAUGGUUAGAUUAAGAUACUGUACUGGAGAAGUGUCUGUUGAUGUUCUAUUUCUGAGAGUUCAUGCAAAAAGACACUGAUUGUAAAGUAAAGCAGGACCAAAGAGACUGAAGGAAAAACUUGUGAUCACUGCCCCUUGCCCUAAACUUGGUGUUGCCCUCCUGCAUAUAGGAUUGGAUGUUAAAGCUAAAUAUCUUAGGUACUUUUUGAAUGUGUAUUUAAACAGUUGAGCAUCCAUAUUUUCUUGCAUCCG